AUGCUAAAUCAGAAACGUGUUAUAUCUUUUUGGUUGGCUGGAGUCGGUUGCGUGUUGUUGAACCAUCGUUGGAGUCACGAGUACCAUCGAGCUCGUAAUCCGUCAGCUGCGUCUUCUCCCAUGCCUUCGUGGAAACCCUUAAUUGGUUCGGAAGCCCUCUUCGCGGCUUCGUGCCUCAAACCAUUUAUGCUUAGAGCGCCUAACCAGAUUGUAAUAACAAAAUAUUCGUGA